AUGUCCAGUGCAGGUGCUGCAGCCAUCGACCUUCCAGAUGAUGACGGAUCAAAGUAAGCAUUUUUGACAUGCACAAUCAUGGCGCAGAGAUUCAAGACGGCACACACGACUAUUGCGCGUGUGCUCUCCCUCUCAGGCGCUACGUCUGCAUAUUCGAUUUCGAGCCUUCAAAGGUGCGCGGUGCAUCUCUUUAAGAGAAUGCCAAUCGUUCUCUUCUUAUCUCUGGUGUGUUGCAGAUUGACUGGCCAUUCCCGAAGGCACCACCACUUGCCCUCAGCGUGGGCCAGGUGGUCGAGGUCACCCCUGCAGAGGACCAAGAAGGAGCCGACCUGCCCGAAACUGCCAGCGGAUGGGUGUUCGGCCGGCUUCUCGGCAGCAAAUCCAAGAAGGGAUACUUCCCGCUCAGCUAUACUGCGCCGCUGGCCGAGUAUCUACAUCUACUGCAAGACUAUGAGGGCGAUCUGAACAAGCUGCCGCAGCCGCGGGCAGCCACUGCAUCGGAUGAUGGGCCGCCGGAGGGUCCAGAUGAGGCGACACGUGCGCCGAAGCCGGCAUUGUUGGACCGGAUGGUAGAGAGGCAGGGGACCAGCGAUGAGGGGGCGAAGCUGCCGCCUCUUAGCAUCCUUGUGCCCCCCGUCCCUACUAGCCAGAGCCCAGGCAAGAGCCAGAUGCUGCGGACUCUGAUGGAAGGCAUCCGCAAACAAGUGGUAUGUCAGUGGACGAAAAAAAGACGCGAGGACGGCGCGCACAUCCGGGGCUUUCACAAUUCUGAUUUGUCAGAGUCAAGAGAGUAUGGGAGAAAGCCCCCGCUCCGCAGUGCUCGACCAGCUGGUGAGACUUCUGCGCGCGAGAAGUCAUCGUGCGCUCGGCGACACAUGUAUUUCUUUCUACGUAUCCCCAUUUGAUGCAGACGGCUUACGGAGUGAUGCCGCCAGACCACGAGCCCGUCACCGAGAACCUGCAUGUCCAAACUCAAAAAGUGCAGGAGCUGCUGAACAAGAACUUCCCCGUAUCGUGGCAGCCGGCAUGCCUCAAACCACUGUCCACCAUCAACGACCUCAUCGCCAACCAGACCCGAAUGGGCUUCCAGGCGUUGAAGGAGAAGGACAGGACAGGCGUAGCUGGCGCCAAGCGAUCUGAUGCCGCAGAGGUGCUGCUCGCAGGGAGCGGGGCUCUGACGCUGGCCGGCGGCAGGCAGAGAAUGACGGCGCCUUACCAGACAGACAUGCGGGUGCGGUCCACAUCUGUCAGAAUGGCAAGGCAAGCACUCAAUGGAUGGCAUGCAAGAAAGCGACGGUCCCGGAGUGCCGAUCUGUGUAUUUGUCUGCGCUUGUGAGACUGCAGAGGCAUUAUUCCCGCCAUGACACGGGACGCGAUCAAGAAGGCGGGAAUGCUAGGUGCUCGCUGGACGCCCAUGUUCAGACAGUCCCUGCAUGACGCCGUCAACGAAACCUUUCGCAUGGGCAUGGAUCCGUCCAUACUCAGCGAAGCGUAUCUCUUCGAUCCGCAAUCAAGGUAAAGAAGACCAGAGAAGAACGGAGACUCCAUGAUAUGUCUCUCUUUGCUUGUCAGGGGACGCUUCUGGUCGAUUCACGCGAACGACGUCGGCGGCGACUUUUGGUUCAGCCUGUUGCGUACGAAGCGUCACAUAUUCUACAUGACGCUGGACUUCCAGGACAUAACCAUGAUCCACCCGGAGGCAUGGCUGUACCCCGAGACGCAGACACAUGUGGUGCCGCAGUUGCUGCCCUCGCAAGCCAGCAGGAGCACCAAAGAGGCGAUGGAGGCCAAGCCACUUCUUCUGCCUGACCGCGUGCUGCUCGAGAGUUUCGUCGACCCACUGCACGGCUGGCUCAAACAGGUACAUUCGUAGCGGCCCAUAGAGACAAAGGCUGGCUGACACUGUUUGUGUGUUGCGCUACAGCAUCCUGUGAACACCGAUGAGUCGAUGCAGGACAGCCCGUUUGCCUACUACAUUAGAAACAGGUGAGGUAAGUGCAACCAGACACAGGCACACGCAGCCAGAGAGGGUCGAGUGGCGAAGUGAGGGUUGUCUGUCUCUGGGUGGCAGGCAGCUCCCCCCUCCGACUGAGAAGACUGUCAUCGAAGGCGUCCAGAUCAUCACAGAAAAGCUGCCCCAAUGGGCCAAGAUCACCGAGAAACACACCAGUGUCUCGGCACCGCCGAUCGAAGCAGCGGUACGACAAAUCAAAUGACAAGGGUCCAAAGCACGUGUCCGCCGCUUUCCCUUGCCGCCAGGAGGAAGCCGAAGUCCCUGCGGCAGCAUCAGUAGAAGAGGCUGUCGUUGAAGGUGAAGCCGAAGAAGCCCCGCCAGCGGUGGAUGAUGCAGGGAUGGGGGACGACUCUCAGUGGAGAGACGUCAAGACUUUGCCGAAGGUCAAGACACUGCCACGAGGCGGACGCACAAGUCUGUGUUCUACCCUCAUUUGUCCAGGAUCGCGUGGAGCCCGACAUGUUGCGUCUCGGCACGGUGGCCACCACACUCAAGGGAUAUCUCGCCUUACGGAUCUUCCUCAGGAACAGAGGUGAGAAACGACGUCCGAUCACUCGCCCAAAGCGCCAUGUAGUGGUUCGUGCCCAUCUGUCUUGGCAGCGUCGCCUGACCUUGGCCGAGGCAUGUGUCUCCCCUACACACCCAAGAUGGUCAAGGCGAUGGCGGUGCAACUUGGACUGGGACUGCUGGGGACAGUCAAAUCGACAGCAUACGGGAGCCGGUCGUCAGCUGCAGUUGCUGGAGCUGCUGAGGCCCCGAGUGCUGCGUCUGGCGUGCCUCGGAUGCCUGUGUAUCACUACUACUGGUUUGCUGCCUUUGCUCUGCGGUACCCGUUGCCCACCGAUUGGGAUCUGGUGGUGAUAAACGAGGUGCGGCACUAUGUGUAUCUUCCCACCGGACACACACAGGUGAGUCAGUCAAUCAAUCAAUCAAUCGACAAUCCACACACAGCCCAGCGACCGUCCCCUGUCCGUGUGUCAGCUACUUCACCCUCUUCUGCCGUCGCUGAAGGAGAUGCUGUCAGAUUUGAUAGAGAACGAGAUCAUGUGGGACCACCGCGGGUCGCUCAAGGUGGCAUGCAACGAGUGUGGCGUACACGACGCCGUCGUGUGGUGUCAGCAGUGCACCGACUACUUCUGCUCCACGUGUUUCCUCAACGUACACGGACACUCCAAGAGAGGCAAGAAACACACGCCCACACCGAUACCCGGAUGCAGGUCAAUAGACAAACAGACCGAGAACGGGACGACAAGAGAGUUGUCUACUUGCUGUGUCUCUGUGAGUCAGGUAUUUGACUGAGUACGAGAUCGACAGGCUUGGGCCAUAUAUCCCCCUGGUUGACGUCGGCUCGUACAACCGCGCACGAUUCCUAUCCAGAGACGCAUCAGCAGACAAGGUGACACGAGAGAAAGGAGCUCGUCACUCAUUCUUGGCGAAAGUUGUGUCUCCGCCUGCAGGAGAGCUGCAACUGUCAGUGGCUGUCGUUUCCCGCUGAGGUAUUUGGCGUGAUGCUGCAAAGCCUCCCGCCAAGCAACUUCAUCCUCAAACACGCCAGCCCACCGAGGCUGCCCACUGGCGCCAAACACUUCUAUUACCACUUCGGACACGACGUUGUCACCGAUGACGUCAAUGUAUGCAGCUGGUCUGAUCUAUGCCAUGGAUGCGCACAUGGUUGUGUACGUGUGUCUCAUUCAUGUAGAUAAUCUCGCGUGACUUUGCGGAGCAUCGUAUGUUGCUCAAGCUGCAGAAGGCCAUGCGAGGCUACCUCAGUCGGAAGACGAUAAGGAGGCGGCACGCCGCAGCGACGACCAUCCAGAGCACGUGGAAGAUGGUGCAGUGCCGCAAGCUCUUCGGCAAGGACGGCGGCGUCGGUCGCGUCAUCUAUCGGUGGUACAGAAGGUGGCGCGCGAGGUAUCAUCAGCGGCGACUCGCGCGGGCUGUCACCAAAUUCCAGGCCAGGCUGCGUGGCUGGUUCCAUCGGAGAGACCUGCAGCAUCACUCCGCUGCCGCUCGACAGAUACAGGCAGGCAGAGACAUGACGUGA